AUGGUGGUCUACAAGCCGGCAUUCUACCGAUGCCAGCUGCCUGAUGAUCAUCCAGAAGACUCUAUCGUUUCCUGGCUCUGUCGUCAGUAUGAAAUCGAUCCUGAGUUGAUGAAUGAGGAGUUGAACCCCGCGCUGAGUGGUGGAGGCGGCUUUGGUCCCAUGUGUCAUCGCCUUGAUAAGCAGACCAGUGGUCCUGUUCUCAUAGCUCGAAAGCUGGAGUCGUGGAAAUUCAUUCGACGUCAGUUCCAAAAGGAGCAAGUGACGAAGCGGUACGUAUGUCUAGUAGAUGGUAUAUGUGCCAAUGAUAGUGGCAUGAUCGACAGUCCCAUCCGAGUGCGGAGGACCGAGAAACGUGAGUUCCAUCGUUGA